UUGAACUGAAAAUUCGCUAAUAACUUACUUCUUUUAUGUCUCUUAUCUGUUGCUAUCAUUCUUCGAUGCACUGUAGAUGCCGUUGCCAGGGCAAAUGCAAUUAAUGCAACCAAUGCUGCGUCCUGCCAUGGCACUGGGACCGCAUGGACCGUUGCUGGGUGGCAAUAUGUUGCGUGCACCAGGCGGUUUGCCCGGAAUGCCAGGUCUGUUGCCAGUACAAGCCAUACAAAUGCCGGGUAUGCCGAUGCCCGGUAUGGGUGUCAUGCUACCAGCCGGUCAUCCUGUACUGCAAAUGAUGCCACGAUUUCGGUGAUCCGUUGCCCAAGGUGCGCCGCCAAUUUGUUUGUCGACGCCGCUCUUAGAAACUCCGAUGCCGUUAUUAUAUCCACCUGAAAGAUAAAAUUGGAAACAAGCAAUAAUGCAUUUAGCAUCACCCAAAAAAAAAAUUUCUAAACUAAUGAAAAAUGAAAACAACGGAAACAUCGAUGUCAUAAAAAAGUUUUUAGCGCAGCAAUGCCACCCAGCUGAUUAAAGCAAAAAAAAACUGGCAAGCGUAUUGUCGUCAACGGAUGCAACCGUUAUCAAUGAUCACAAAGACAACAUUAAAUUUGAACGCCCUCAACAAAAACAACUAGAGCGGCAACAAGCAAGUUGAAACAUUUUUAAAUCCAUUGUUUCUAUUCGUAAACUCACUUUUAAAUUCAUAACUACUAAAUAGUUUUUUUUUUUUUUUUUAAAUUUGAAUGAGCCUAUUAUUUAAGCAGCAUUGUUAUUGCCGCCUUAUACAGAAAACAAGUUUGUACUCUACUUAAUAUCGCCCCUUCACCUAAAGUUUGUUGCUAUAAGCCAUUUUAACUAAAAGCCGUGCCGUCACACAUACUCAUGCACUUAAUAAGUGCACUAGAACCCAGCCAAUCACACCAAACAGGCAGGCGGAGGGAUGGAGCAGAACUACUGCUACUUUGCACACACACACACAUACACACAUAUAAAAAGAAAUCGUUAAUUUAACCAACUAGAAAAAGUUAUGUGCAAAUGCGCUUUGGGUUAAUGUGGUGGCUAGUAAUUAUAGUUAUAUAAUGUAUUAGUUUUCCGUUUAAAUUGUUAUCAUUUUUUACACAUAUGAAUUCGCUUUAGUUUUCUAAUUUCUUACAUAUAAUGCUAUUUACAUACACAUAUACUCCUAUAUAUACAUACAUACAUACAUGCAUAAUAUGUACUCUGUUUUUGUUUUUAGUUAUCAGCGAGUUUUUUCAGUUAAACUUAAGUAUGGUUAGACAAAAAAAAAUUUAAAGCAAAGCAAACAUAGGCACGCAAUAAAUUGAGAAGAAAACGUAAGUUUUUGCAACCAAUACGUAAUUUAAGUGACUAUUAUUGAGUAUGAAUGCGUAUUAUAGCCUUGUAUAUGGAUUACAUACAGACAGUAUACAUACAUACAUACGUACAUACAUACAUACGUACAUACAUACAUAUGUUUUCGUUUAUAUAUUUUCAAUAGUGCAUUAUAGAUGAAUGACAUGCAACCGUAGCUAAGAGGUACAUAAAACAAACCAUUCAUGGAGUGUACAUAAAUUCAUAAUAAGUACAUACAUAUGUACUUACAAAAUACUAUAUUCAUCUGAAUAAUACUAAUCCCAAUAACAACUUUUUCCAUUACUAGGUCUCUCUGGUCUUUUUAGAUUUCUGACAUAAUUUGGCUUCAGGGUAUUUUUCACAAAUCACUAUUUAAAAAUUAAUUAGAGAUACAUACUUUUCGCUGAUUUUUGAAGCUUUCAUUGUCGUCAUCAUUUUGUAUACAUAUGCACAUAUAUGUUUGCGGAUAAGUUUUAAUGCUCUUUUGCUGGUUUAUAUAUAACUUCUUCCCAUUCACACAUUUCCUUAGACACUAUGCACGCAGAAAAAGAACAAGUUGAGAGAUGAGGUUGUAUGUUUAUUCUUGAUUUAUUUUCAAAAGCGCCUUUUAAUUUUACAUUGAAUUUUGGAUAUUUUUGAAAAUUUUUAUAAUCUGUGCACAUGUGUAUACAUUUUUACCAGUCUGUUUUCGGACUCAUAACAUAACCUCCCAUCACCUACUAACCUCCCCAACCUUAUAUGAUCUGUAAAUUAUUUAAAUUUCUAAAAAAAUUAAGUAGUAGACUACGCUUUUUCCUCACCUUUUCAUGCAUUAGAAUUGUGUUAGAAAUUUACAUAGGUAAUCGCAGUCAUAACUGUGGUAAAUUGCAUUUUCAUAUAAUUUGGCACUGUACUAUUUAUUUUUUUGUUGUGUCUUUACUUAAAACUUUUCCUCAUCACUCUUUAUCACUUGAAAUUUUUUAUGUACGUAUAUUAAAUUCAUAUUAAUUUUUUAACAGGUCCACGACAACGUUGGUCGAUUGCGAUGAUGCGCUCGAUCUGUAGUUUAUUUUCCGUGUGCAACUGACUAACUUAUAUAGAAAAAAUAAAAUAAAAAUUCGUAAAAGAUAAAAAAGAAAACUCAAACAUACAUACGUAACCGUAGCACACAGCCACUGAGUAAGCAAUCACUCUUUACUAUAAUUUUCGUUUUUCGUAAUAUUUGUUUAAUAAGUAUAAAAAAGUUCAAAGCACGCAAUAAUUAGUGUACUAAACAUAUGUAUGGUAUUUAGUAUGUAAAUGACAGCCAACUAAAUCAAGAUUAAUGGAUAAGGCCGUAACCAAGCAGAAAGCUCUACAUACAUAUAUACUACAUAUGUACAUACAUACAACUCAUAUUAAUUUGAUACAUUUCACAGAUUUCAAUAUGCACACAUACAUAGUUCUCGGUGUGCCUCCGAUUGCUGAAUGAGCCGCGAAGUCCUACCAGUGAGUGAGGCAUUAGGUAUGUUGCCAGUGUUGUUGUAAUUUGUAUUUUCGUUUGCCGUCCUGCCUUGAUCGUACGUACAUAUGUACUGCUCAUCCUAAAAUGUACCACAUCGUGUCAAACAAAAAAAAAGUGUGUGCUUUUUGUUGCCUACCAAACGAAUGUUUACUUACCUCUUUUUUAGAAUGCAUAGUAAUUAUUAACUGUAAUUUAAAUUCAAAUAUUAUUAGCAAUAAGCCGUUGAAUAUCGAACAUACGGUAAUUGUAAGUGAUAUUUCCUAAUCAAAAAAAUUUUUCUCGCUACAGCUUUCACAUUAUUUUAAUCCCUCGUACGAUCAUAUUUGUUUUAUAUUUUUUUUCCUAAAAGUUUUGUGUUCGUAUAGUGUUUUUUGUCCGGG